AUGCGAAGAGGAGAGAGCGGUGGGGAGGACGGAUCCGCGCGUUCGCGCGUGUGCGCCUCGGCCGUGAUCGCUCCGUUCGGCUGAGGAGGUAAACAUUGUACAGUACGAUUAGCCGGUCUCGCGGCGGCAGGUCUUUCGCUUUUUCGUCUUGUGGCCCGUCCCUCGCGCAGCGCAGAAGAGGAACUCUCUUUCCUUCUUCCCGAAUUUACGCGAGUUCUCCCCCGGGUUUCGCCCUCGCGCAUCCCUCCGGAUGGUUGGACCGAGAUCGGGAUUCUGCGAAUCGCUCGCUGUCGGCGCUGUCACGGGUCUCUCCCUUCCGGAUGUCGCCGAAGCGAAGGACGUCGACUACCAGCGCCCGGAUUUUGGGUUACUCUAGGGCGCAACGUGGCGCAUAGUCUUCCGGCCUCGAUGUUGGGCUACUAUCAGGCGGAGUCCGUGCUGCCGAAUCCAACGAUGUCAACAUCUGCUCCGGGUAGCGGGCUAGCCACUGGCUUGGAGACUAUGAACUCGGUGAAGAGCUUGGUGUGCAGUCCAGAUCUUACAAUAUUCGCGACCACGCCAGGAUGCAACGGGGUCGAGGCCGCGGACCCGGCCAGCCCGACGACGGCGGAGGUCGGCAAGUACCAGUGUCUGCUAUGUCAGAAGAGCUUCGCGCAGAAGAGCGUGUAUCAGAGUCACCUGAGGUCGCACGGCAAGGACGGCGAGGAUCCAUAUCGCUGCGAUAUUUGUGGCAAGACGUUCGCGGUGCCGGCGCGGCUGACGCGCCACUACCGCACGCACACCGGCGAGAAGCCGUACGAAUGCGAGUACUGCAGCAAGUCGUUCUCGGUGAAGGAGAACCUCAGCGUGCACCGGCGUAUCCACACGAAGGAACGGCCGUAUAAGUGUGACGUGUGCGGGCGCGCGUUCGAGCAUAGCGGCAAGCUGCACCGCCACAUGCGCAUCCACACCGGCGAACGGCCGCACAAGUGCACUGUGUGCGACAAGACGUUCAUACAGAGCGGCCAGCUGGUCAUACACAUGCGCACGCACACCGGUGAGAAGCCGUACGUGUGCAAGGCGUGCAAGAAGGGCUUCACCUGUUCCAAGCAAUUGAAGGUGCAUACGCGCACCCACACCGGCGAGAAGCCCUACACCUGUGACAUCUGCCGCAAGGCAUUUGGCUACAACCACGUGCUCAAGCUGCACCAGGUCUCGCACUACGGCGAGAAAGUAUACAAGUGUACGAUCUGCAACGAGACCUUCGGUUCCAAGAAGACGAUGGAGCUGCAUAUCAAGAAGCACCCGGAGUCGCCAGCAUCCGUUACCUCAACAGUCACCGACAGUGGCAUCUCCUCGCCAACGGCGGUCGGCUCGCCGAUCGGACCGGACGUUGAGAUCUCCCAGGACGGUGGCAAUGGUGACGGCAGCGGCGGCGGAAAUCUUGGUCUGGUCGCGAUUCCAGCGAGUCCAAAUUUACCGAGUAUCGCUGUCGACGACAAGGAGAACCUGAAGACUGAAGACUAUCCGGACUCGACGUCUAACGCUUAUGCCGUUCAACGCGACUUUGCGUACUAUCUUUAUUCCGGCAACAGGGAGCAGCAGUAUUCGCAGCCGUUGAUGGCACCGAACAUGGCAGAACCCGUGCUCGCUGACAUCGACGAGAAACGUUUCCAGGCGAGUGUAGUGGUGAGCGCGCCGCUGGAGCCAGUAGCCCACCAUAUGUUCUUCUAUCCCGAACCGGCGUACGGCAACUUCGGUUUGACCACCAGUAGCAACGUGGAUCUUGAUGCCACUGACUGUUCGUCCCUCCUGAAUCUGCCGGGUAAUGAUGCGCGCCGAAGGGUCGAGGCCGCCCUGGAGGCGGUUGAGGAAGAGCGCCAGAGGCAAGAAUACGGUACCGGGAUCGUCAAAGUUGAUCGGGAUCCGUUGCUCACGCCACCGUGUAGCAAUCCGGAGAGUCCGGCGUCGUCGCCCGACCUGGCUUUGGACCUAGCGAUACCACCGCGGGAGACGCUGAUCUUACCGCCCAGAAAACGUAGUAAGAUGAUUCUUCAAUCUAUGGAGAGCGAGUACAGGAGCAGCGGCGGCGGUGGUGGCGGCCUAAUCUCACAGAGGCAAAAUUCGGUCAUUCAGUUCGCGCGGGCUUCAUAGUGAACAUGCCGAAGCUACUAGCACAGCUUCGCGGAGGUCACUUUAGGAACUGAAGGAGAAGGUCUCUCAGAAAGUAUCCUACUUUGGUAAUAUUGAGAGUCAGAGCUCUCAGGGAGAAUCGAUCGGUUCCUUCGGUUAAGGCGAGUUUGAAGGAAAGAAGAACCUAAAAGUCACUUCGAGUUUGGGUUUUUCAACGUCAAGUGAUAAUCGGAAAGUGUACGAGCAACGGACUUUUAGCUCGUCGACUACGAAAAAAAACUAUGCGAAACUGCGUCCAGCAAGCACGGGCGGUUUUCCGUUUUCGGAAUUGGACGGAAGAGAGAUUGCUCACGUGCCUCUUGGGUGAAUCCUGAACGAGUAAAUCAGCUCGUUGGCCUUGUUUAACUUUCCAUUCGCAAUCAGCAUGAUCCACAGAAGAAGCUGAUCGCGCCAAGUUAGCUCGGUGAUCGAAGCCGCGUUUGUUACUUAAUGACAUUUAAUAACAAUUAAUCCAUCGCGGACUGCGUGUAUUUUCCUAACGGCUCAUAGGCGACACACUCGCAACGUUCUCGAUCUUGUUCGAUAGCCUCUUGGUAUCUUGAGGUUUUAACGUUACGUUUAUGUUAGAUGUGUGAGAGAUGAAGAGAGAGAUACAACAUAUUCCUCGAUCGCAAAAAGAUCACAUAGAAUCAUAGAUUGUGAGCGUGCAUGGUGAGGUAGUCGCGCGUACGCAAUACAUACAGCUAUUAAAAAAACGUAAUCUCGUUAAACCAAAUUUUUGGGGUGAAAAUAUAGGUGAAAUUUGGGAAGAGAAAAGAUUAUUUAAAAAAAUGGCGAAUUUUUUUGAAAAAUCAAUACGUUAAUUUUAAAGCGUGUAUUGUCUCAUACGCACAUUUCACUUCUUUAAAAGCUUUAUUGAAAAUUUUAUGUUGCGUUUAAUUUAGAUAUGCUAUUAAAAAUAUAUUAUUUAUAUUUCAUAUUUAUUUUAUGUACAUGUUAUCUUUAUAUUUCAAGUAUAUGGUAGAUUUAUUGUGCGAGGGGUUACGUCUUUUUAACAUUGUGCGCGAUUCGUAUAGAGCGGCCGAGUACCACAAGUAGCUAAUGCACAACUUUUAUAGUAUUCCUCAAACCGAGAAAAUGUGCCUGUGGUAAAGGCAGCUCGUUCAAAUAUAAGAGAAAUAUGUUUAAUAUACCUGUGGUAUUUAGUAUACUUAUACAUUGUACAGCAACUAUUGCCAGCAAUAUUUAGCGGUCAGUAAUCAGCAUACAAAAUGAUUAAAACUAUAUUUUAAAUAUUUAAAUAGCCGGCCAACUUUUGAGACGAUUACCGCUAGCCACACAACUGCCGAAUAUCGUGGUCAACAAUCGAGCAUUACGCAAUUAUCGACUAAUGUGAUACGAUAUGGCCGAAAGUGUUAGUCGUUCACAGUAUCCGAACGUUCAUUCGUUGAGCAGAGCGAGGCAAGGAAUUGUAACUUGGACGUUUGCACGUAUUACCUCAUCGCUGCACGCGAGCGAUGUCAGUUUCUUUUUUUAAUAAUUUAUAUACCCGUUUUUUGGGUCUAACUUUCGACGUCGUGUAAUUGUCAUGUGUAAUUGUCUAACUCGUGCCGAUUGACUCGCCCUUCGUUGUGUCGGAUGCACGAUCGCGAAGGUCGAACAACUAAUCUCUUGCCAGCCUUAACAAGACUGACAUCAGUUUACCUCGUUAGCGUCACGAUUCAUUUAAACAGGAAGAUACCAGUGACUGUUGCUAUCAUCGUCGUCGGUUGAAUAUUUAUCAACUGGUUAAAAGAUGAUAAAUUUGAGACAGGUCAUAUAUAUAUUUUUUAAUGCAUAUACUAUUCUCGGCAGUUUAUAAAAAUGACACAUGCAAUAGAUGUGCUUAUGUGAUCUUAAUUAAAAAUCCUAAUACACGACAAAAAAUUUACUUAUUAAAGAUUCAAGACGCGUUCCACAACUUUUAUAACAAAUAACCGGCCAUUGUUCUCAAGUUUAAGAAAAUUAAGAAUUUUCAAAACAUGACUUAUCAAAAAUUAACUUGCGCUAUACUUUUGAACAAAUUUAUUCCAUUGACUGUGUUUUAACGUAACACACCACGUUGUGCAUUAAAGUAAUAGGUACAAGUUGAGAUUUGCUCGACGACGAUGUCACUGAAAUCUCUCGUGUAUCAAACGGAUCGGACGGGCGAAUUUUUAUUCGUCGACAAUUUAUCAGGAAAUUUAGAUAAAUUUUCAAAGAUCCCGAGGCUAGCUUUGCCAAAGUCAAUCAAUUGUUAAUCGCAGGUCCAAUUUACUCUUUUUGCCACCUUUCCUAAUACUAAAGACAGACAGAAGACUCAAUUAAAAUCUAAAUUAACUUAGAAACGGCCGUGUGGAUCUUUAGAAAAUUUUUGAACUUUGCUCCCACAAUUAUACGCUUUUGAUUAUAUUAUUAUAUAUUUAUACGUAGAUAUAAUACAAAUAAUAAGACACAGCUUGCAUAUAAAAGAUAUAACAAGAACGACAAGUGAAUUGACAAAAAUGCAAGAAAGGAAAUCGAACCUUAAUGGUAUCGUCGCAAUUGUUUAUCGCUUUUGUGAGAAUUCGAAUUGGUCAUUAUUUAGUGCGUGGAAAUUAGUGCGUAAUAUAUUAAUCGGCGUAGCCAGACGAUACCGCUGCGGAAUUGUAAGAAAGAAAAGGGAUUGACACAUAGCGCAAGAAAGGAUGGCGGAGAAAGAUAGGGGUUGGAGAAGGGGAAAAGAGGAGAAAAGUGCACCAAACAAUUUAAUAUCUCUGUGAUAAGAACUCCAUAGUACCAGAGUAUUAAGCGGAGCCGAGCCCACUGCCAGAGUACAAGCGUAUAUGUGCACAUGCAUGCUAGAGUGCGAAACUACAAUGAUACAUUGUAUGACGGUGACGAUAUACUAGAACAACGGAACUCAGUUUGACAUGGGGAGAUUUUAAACUUCAUGAACUCUUUGUCGAUUAAAAAAAUUUUUAAGUAAUCUGUUGCGAUUCCAUAACAAGCUCACACACACAGCGUAAGAGGAAUUUGAUUUAUGUUCUAUUACUUGAAUCAUGUGUACCGAUUAAUAAUUCCAGAUCUAUUGACAGAUUUUUGUUUCCGCAAAACGUAUUUAUUAUCUAACAAGCGAAUCUUUUUUCGGAUAUUCUUGGAUACCUUAAUAAAUUAUAUUCAGAUUAACUUGCAAACAGAGCUCUGUCGUAAACGUUGAUAGUAACAAAAGUAUACGCCCGCUCGCGACGCCUGGCUACCGUACAUGCGUGUACAUAUAUGCGUUCAUUCAAGUUCACAUAACAAUAACGAGUAGUGUAACUUGUAUCAUGUAUUUACACACGUAAUAUUCGCGAUCGUCGCGAAAGCACACCGCGCAGCUCACUCUCUACUUACUUUCGAUAUUCUUUUUUUAGUUGUUUAUUACUUUUGAAAACAGUGCAAUCGUAAUUUUAAGUUCGAUCGGUCUCGGAUCGCGUCUUAUCAAUGUAUGACUCUUCCAUAAUGGACUUUUUAGAAAUUGUGUUUUUAAGUAAUGUAAUUUAUUAUGAGAUACGUCAAUACAGAAAAUUCUGAAGCUGGGAUUCGGAACUUGUAACGAAGGAGGUGGAUUGUUAAAAUGGAUUCACGUUUGAAUUAACUCUGAGAAAUACGAAAUUUUAAUUUCAGAGGAACUUGAGUUGUCCCCUGGUGGCAAUUGUAAUUGUAUAGCGAACACAAGCCGCGCGGUGUAACGCGAAUUGAGAGUGUUAAUUAUUAAGUAUUACAUUAAUGACGAGAGAAAGGAAAAGUAGUAGCAUAAUGUCACUAUUGCUAGCAUAGAACGCCUAUUAUUAUUCGUUUCCUGUACUAUUACGAUUAUUAUCAUUAUUAUUAUUGUCAUUGUCAUUAUUAAUAUUAUAAUUUUAUUAAUAUCAAUUAUUAUUUAUAAUUACUACUGUGAAAUCACGUGCAUGCCAGUGAGAGCUAUCUUGUCCCAACUGGCGUGUGGAACUGAUUAUAUAUAAAAGCAUCAUUUUUAUAAAAGAAAAACGAAACACCAUUUCACCGCGCAUUUUCCAUUUCAUUAUGUUUGUUGUUAGAAUCAUUAUCCGAGAAUUUUUUUCUCGCGAAAUCGAAUGAGAGCAACCUAUUUCGAAGUACAAGCGGAGGCCCUUUCUUAAUUUUAGAGCGUUGUAAAAGUUGUAUAAAAAUUUAUUAUUGUUUUUGUAUUUAUAAAAUUUAAUAUAAAUGAAUAAAAAAACUGUGAGUUUCCAAAUGUGUGA